AUGACUGCAUCCACUGUGUCCUGCAGCAGCUGGGUCUGCCUGCCUGGGUCCUGUUACUCUGGCUCUGAUUCCUGGCAGGUGGACGACUGCCCAGAGAGCUGCUGCAAGCCCCCCUGCUGCACCUCCAGUUACUGUGCCCCAGCGCCCUGCUUGAGUCUGGUCUGCACCCCAGUGAACUGUGCAUCCAGCCCCUGCCAGUCAGUCUGCACCAGCUCCUGCACACCCUUGUGCUGCCAGCAGUCUAGCUGCCAGCCGGCUUGCUGUCCCUCCUCCCCCUGCCUGCAGGCUUGCUGUGUGCCUAUCUGCUGCAAGCCUGUGUGCUGCGAGCUGGUCUGCUUCAAACCUGUGUGCUCUGAAGUUUCUUCAUGCUGCCAGCAGUCUAGCUGCCAACCCUCUUGCUGCACCUCCUCCCCCUGUCAGCAGCCCUACUGUGUGCCCGUCUGCUGCAAGCCCAUCUGCUGUGUGCCCACCUGCUCUGGGGCUUCUUCGUGCUGCCAGCAGUCUAGCUGCCACUGCUGCGCCCCAGCCCCCUGCCUGAAGCUGGUCUGCACCCCAGUGAGUUGUGUGUCCAGUCCCUGCCAGUCAGGCUGCACCAGCUCCUGCACUCCCUCGCGCUGCCAGCAACCUAGCUGCCAGCCAGCUUGCUGUGUCCCUGCCUGCUGCAGGCUCAUCUGCUGCAAGUCUGUCUGUUGUAGGCCCAUCUGCUCUGGGGCAUCCUCUUCCUGCUGCCAGCAGUCUAGCUGCCAGCCGGCUUGCUGCCCCUCCUCCCCCUGCCAGCAGGCCUGCUAUGUGCCUGUCUGUUGCAAGCCCAUCUACUGCAAGCCUGUCUGCUGUGUGCCCACCUGCUCUGGGGCUUCCUCUUCCUGCUGCCAGCAGUCUGGCUGCCAACUGGUUUGCUGCCCCUCCUCCUGCUGCAGACCCUCCUCCUGUGUGUCUCUCCUCUGCCGCCCCAUGUACAGGCCCGCCUGCUGCGUGCCUGUCCCCUCCUGCUGUGCCCCUGCCACCUCCUGCCAGCCCAGCUGCUGCCGCCCAGCCUCCUGUGUGUCCCUCUUCUGUCGCCCCUCAUGCUCCUGA